CUAGCCCAAACGAGCAAUGUCCACAAAGGUCGCAUGCAUGGCAGCCAAGUCUUGCCCAAGCUGGUUUGAGAAAGCAUGGUCGUCCAUUCCUGUGGGCAUUGGCAGUCGGCUGUUUGUGUCUCUCGAGCGCUGUGACCAGAUCGCGCUGAUGCUUUCUAGUCGAACAAUCUGGCAUGACGCCCAAGCAUCCGAGAUGUGGGAGCUUGUGGGGACGGAGCUGUUCCAUCUCUCGCGGGGUCGACAUGGAUCGUGGCGCACUGAAUGCUGGGCCAAGUACGAUGCGUUGUCUGCGGCCACGGCGGUCUGCACGUACGUACUCGGUCAAAACGCGUUUAGCCUCGGGUACAUCAACCGAGACAUCAAGGAGCGUAUUCAGUCGCAGCUACUCGCGAUGGUGCAGCUCACAGCAAAUGUUUGCGACAUGGUGACGCACGACGAGCUCGGGCGCCACCACGUCAUCAAGGUCCUCCUGCGGCUUCUGAGCUCCAACGUCAUGGGCAUUUGUGACGUCGCAUGCACGGCGUUGGGCAACUGCGUUGCUCAGCGUCCGUCGUCGUCCAACCAAUCCGAGGUGCCAUCGCCUUUUGUGGCCGUGAUCGACCAAUUGCGGGGUGACCGCGUGCUAAAGGAGCUUCUCCUCUCACCACGCGUUGCUGAGUGCGGACCCGGGCCCACCAAGCAUGCCUCGCGCGCCCUUGUUAACAUGCUCUUCCCGAACGCGAGCAUUGUGUGCCUCAACAUUGACGUCUGGGAAGGCUACAUCGUCGCCAAGCAGGCGAACGAGCGCCUCGACGACACUCUUGCGAUGCCCAUCCAUGACGCGUGGUGCAUCUCGUACCGUCUCGGCAGUGGGCGGCCGUACAUGGAAGGCUCGAUGAAGCUCUCGACAUGCAUGCAAUUUGGCGCCGGCGUGUCAAACAAGGGCGAGUCCUUUCGUGUCGACGGAGCUCGGCAUGAGCGCAACGGGGUACACAACUGGACCUUUGAGACCACGUUUCACAACGACGGCCGGCCGUACGGCCCCUUACCGAUCUCACACAUGGCGUUCUGGUCGUCGCAGCACACGGAUGUCAUGUGGGGCGUCUGGGAAGUCGGCGCGUCGCACCAGCAGCACAAGCUUGGCACAGGCGGCGUCUUCUUCAUGCACGCCACCGACAAAUCGUUCUAGUAUCAAUACAUCAAGGUCCAGCUUUCGAAAAAACCCUUACUGGAAAGAGUAUCGGUGCAAUGCCCUACUGUAUGUUGUAAAGGAAUUGCACUUGAUCGACCUGUG